ACCACUACGCGGCUGACAUUAGUCUCCCCCUCCAACCGGACUUUUCUGAGUAGACACUUCUUCAGUACUAUUAGAACUGAAAAAGACACCUAUGGAAAAAUCUAAUAAAUUAAAAACGGAAGAAAGUCAAGAAACCAGUACUGUAUCACUCGUGUUUCGUGUCUUCACUCUCAUUUCUUCAUCAAUUUCGUGAAAUCGAGUUUCGAUAAAUUCCCAGGAACACAAUUCCCACCAGAUUUUCUGUACAAAUUUUAUGUGGUUUUAUUGAAAUUACCCGUUACACUUUCCCAUUUCCCCAAUCCCGUUUUUCAGUUGAAGUGAUUUUUUGGAUACAUUCAAUGGGAGGGGUAUGUUCUGGAGGUGCAGUGUGCACUAAGUCAACUGCGGCUGAGCAUGAGAAGACUACAGGGUUUUCAGGGAAGCUGAAGUCAACUGGAAAUUUUGGGAAGCUAAAGAAUGAUAAUUCUACAACGUAUCCUGAUAAUACAGAUGCUUUCGAGAAGGCGCCAGACAACCUAUAUGAUUCUGGUGAAUUGAACUUGUCAAUCUCCCAGGAAUUGAAGUCAGCGACCCCAGCUAGAAAACCAGUUAAUAAGGCACCACAAUUGAGCUCAUUUCUUGGUAAGGCUGGCAUAGUUGGCUUUGAGAAGGCAGUGGAAGUUCUAGAUACACUGGGCAGCAGUGUGACUAAUUUGAACUUUGGUGGAUUUACGUCUGGUGUGGCUUCAAGGGGAAAUAAAAUAUCUAUAUUGGCAUUUGAAGUUGCAAAUACUAUUGCCAAAGGUGCAAACUUGGUGCAAUCUCUUUCUGAAGAAAAUAUCCAUUUUUUGCGCAAGGAAAUUUUACAUUCAGAAGGGGUACAAAGGUUGGUUUCUACAGAUAUGAACGAGCUUCUUAGGAUGGCAGCUGCUGAUAAGAGGGAGGAAUUUGAUGUCUUCUCUCGCGAGGUUAUCAGAUUUGGGAAUCUCUGUAAAGAUGCACAAUUUCACAACCUCGAUAGAUUCUUUUCAAAGUUGGAUUCAGAUCCUGAUGUUCACAAACAACUAAGAGAAGAGGCCAAAAUGACAAUUCAAGAGUUGACCUCUCUAACUCGACAUACUUCUGAGUUGUAUCACGAGCUGCAUGCUUUGGACAGAUUUGAACAAGAUUAUCAGCAGAAGGUAGAGGAAGUAGAUUCUUUACACCUCCCUCGAAAAGGAGAGAGCCUCGCAAUGUUACAAAGUGAGCUCAAACAUCAAAGAAAACUUGUGCUGAAUUUGAAAAAGAAAUCACUUUGGUCUAAAAGUUUGGAGGAGGUUGUCGAGAAGCUUGUUGAUGUCGUUAGUUUCAUUCAUCAAGAUAUUUUAGAAUCAUUUGGAGAUAAUGGGUUGACAUCUUCUGGCAAGGCGUCUGCUAACAAACCAGAAAGGCUAGGUGUUGCUGGUCUUUCUUUACAUUAUGCUAACAUAAUUACUCAAAUCGAUAAUAUUGCAUCACGUCCAACUUCACUUCCUUCUAAUAUGAGAGAUGCAUUGUACAAUGGGUUGCCACCAACUGUUAAAAAUGCUCUCCGCUUCCGAUUGCAAACCAUUGACACCGAGGAAGAGCUCACAGUUCCUAAAAUCAAAGCUGAGAUGGAGAAAACUCUCCAGUGGCUAGUUCCAGUAGCAACGGAUACUAUCAAAGCACAUCAAGGAUUUGGAUGGGUCGGAGAGUGGGCAAAUGCUGAAAACGAGUUUGGAAAGAAAACAGGCAUGCCAAAUAACCUGAUUCGCUUGCAGACACUUUAUCAUGCGGACAAGAAGAAGGCUGACUCAUACAUCCUCGAGCUUGUGGCAUGGCUUCAUCGUCUUGUUAGCCGUGUAACAUAUAGAGAUAAUGGACUCAGGGCUCAACCAGUGCAAUUUUCAACUCUCAGAGGAUCAAAUGCAUCGUCAUCAGGCAACAAUGUUGAAAUUCAUGAAGUCCAGCUUUCUCCCGACGAUAAAAAUUUGUUGGACGAGGUUGUGAAAAGAAAGAACUUGGCCCCCGGACUAAGCAAAAGCCAGGAAUUCACAACGGUGAAGAAGAGGAAGAAUAAGGUUUGGGCAUUGAGUAGGAGCACCGGGAAUUCUCCCCGUAGAGGACUGGAACACCUGAAGGGUAACGUUUUGGAUAUAUUAGAUGGGUUAGAUUCAACUUUUUUGGCUCCUGGAGAAGAUAGUAGAUGAAGGGAUCAUUCUUUUAUUUCAUUUCGAUUGUAAUAUAUAAGAAAUAUGAGCUUUCACGUAUAUAUCCCUAUCUUAGGAGUUAUAUUGUAUCGUGAAAAUUGAAAUACUAUACACUCGACGAAGCAAGUGAAAGCUCCACAACAUUUGAAUAGCAAUUUAUUCAUAAUCUGUGUAAAUUUACAGACAACAGCUUCUAAUGUCAAUUAAGUUGAAGGAUAAUUGUGUUGA